GUCAAUCAGUUUUCACAAUCCGCAAGCUCUCUUCGUGUCAUCGCUAAAAAUCCGGAAAAGAAAAAUCUGCAAAUACUAUUGCAAAUAGUGUUCGGAACGUUUUAAUUAGUGUUAAAAUGUGUGACAAACCCGUUCGUCUGUGUCUGGUGCAUGAGUCCGGCUGUUAGAAUGAUUAUCCGUGUUGUCUCUUGUCGUUGAGGUUGUGGAUGUGAAUGUGCGGAGCAGCGGGAGAUUGUCGAGUGUGAGAGUGCAGAUCUUUGAUAGACUCAUAUCGCACACAAUCUCUAUGGUAUCGGCAGGCGGAAAACGUUUGUAAUUGGAUCAUUCGCUAAUUGAUGGAACAGCCAAAUGACGACAGCAGUCAAACCAUUAUCUGAGUGGCGCGGCCGAACGAGAAUCCAUUUCACCGGGUGGUGAGCACAAGCGUACCGGCUGGGAAGUACGCUACAGUACUGUGUUAGGUCCACAGCACAGUUGCCGCGAUUGUCGCCAUCGAAUCAUUGCCACUUGUGCACUAAGGCGGCUUCGAGUGAGAUAACGCAUUUGAAUAUAAUAUAAAUUAUAUUAUUAAUCAAAAGUGAUUGUGAAAUAAUACCAAGUUAGGGGGGAAAACGAAGAAAUUUUUGCAAAUGGUGUCGAACUGGUGGUAGACUUUGAAUCCGGUUGUCGUUACUGUUACCCCCCUUUUCCAGCGUAGUCUUUUUCCUCUCGAUUUGUUUCGUUUCAUUUUCCGCGUUCAAGUAUAUUCGAUCGAACUCGAGUUGUAUGAAAAAGUAUAUGUGACAAGUUAGCAGGGAGAGACAAAAAAGGAAGGCAUAAUUGAAACUACGAACCAAAUCAGCGGUGGUGUGGGUGCCUCCCAUAAACAGCGAUUUUCGAUGGUAAAGGCACCUGUGUUACCCUCCGUGCCACAGCAGCAGCAGCAGCAGACACAUUUUCAAAAAGAAUCUAGUGGUCAACAGCAGCAGCAACAUUUUCAUCAUUUUUCCUUUCCACCCCCGACAACGCAAUACUACCAAAUAGGUACAGUGAAAAAACAUCGCCGUCUACAGAUGGCGACGGAACCACCGGGUGGCGGUGGAGGAAAUGUCGUAUCGGUGAGCCCUACAAUAACGACCACGGCGGCUAUUGCUGUGGUAGCUCCAACGGCUCGGACCGUUCAGGUUUCGGCUCCAUCAUCAGCUAAUGGGGGCGGCACAACGCAGAUUCUUUCCAUGCAGGCUGGUGCGGGCAGUGCCACGCUCAAAGUGGCUCAAAGUCUUCAGCCGCAACGUAUUCAACCAAUGCACCAUAUACACCAUCACCACCAUCAUCAGCUGAUCAACGGAAUAGCCACGGUCGCAACGGCCAGUGCAGCAGGCGCUGCGGCUACUAUCGCUGCUGCACCUAUGCCGGCGAAUCCAGCGGCUUCAGCUGGUCAUACGGGGGCAGCAGCGGCCUGGCCAAUCGUCGAACCGGUGUUUCACUUCGGUCCGGGUUUUGAGCCACAAACGCGACCCUACUGUCCGGCGCAUUCGCAGCCUUCGGAGCACGUAGUGCUUUUCCACGUUAGCCCGGGUGUGUCCGUGACAUUUCAGAUCGGGAAUAGCCGGGAGAUCAUACGAGGUCCAGUUACCGUGCCGAUGGUGUCGCAAAAUGGUACUCCUCCUAUGGCAAUGCCGGUGCAAGUUCCACCGGGCCACGUGAUGCAGCAGAUCGUCGAUGAGAAUGGCACCCUGAGGCAUGUAAUCCUAUCCACCCAACACCAGCAGCUAGGACAGGGAGGUGUGCAGCAUCAUCUACACGGACAUUUUAUCAAUGGCACCACGCCGCAGUUCUUCAAUCCGCUGGCUGCGAGUUAUCAGGCAGGACCAGGUCCGGGGGCGCCACACAUCUACCAACCACCCAUUAUCACUGGAGGUGCCGGAACAGGAGCAGCAACCGCGACGGGAGGUGCAGGAGGCGGGAGCACUCACACGCAUACGCCCCAAUCCAAUGUGACCCAUUCGCCAUCCCCUCCGCAUGCCAUCAACAGUCAAUAUCACAAAGACGACAGGACACUCCGGCAGCAUGCGAAACUGCUACGAAAGUUAGAACAGAAACAAAGAGAACAGAAUGCCUCCAUCACGACACCAAUCAAUUCGCCUCGGAAAUACACUGAAGUGAAUGGCAAUGUACGUAAGCACCAACAUCAACAUCUGCAGCAUCAGCAGCCGCUGCUGCAGCAUCACCAUCUGCAACAGCAACAACAGCAACAAGCGCAUCUUCAGCAUCAACAUCAGGUUUCAGGUGUCCAGCGAAAUGGAACAUCCUCGGUGGCAACAUCAGAGGAUGGCGAGGAAUCAUCGAGUAUGCCGGAGGAAGAAGACGACACCCAGACCAUCAUUGAACAUCUCAGCUCAGUCCAAUCUCCUCAGGUGAACGAAAUAACUUCUAGGUCAGCUCUGUUCCAAUGGUCCGCCCCGAAUCCACUUCCUCCGAACGAAACACUUCCAUUCAAUGUGCAAGAUUUACACUACGAACUACUGCUCAGUGAUCCGGGAAAGGAGAAUAAAUACAAAAGUAUUUUCAAGGGAAGUUCCCUGAGCUGUAUGGUGCAAGAUUUGCGACCUGGACAGGAGUAUACGGUGCGCUUGCAGGUCUAUCUGGAACAGCUACAUGGUUCACCAACGGAAGCGACGAUUUUCAAUACCCCUCCUUGUGAGCCCGACAUUCCGAAAACGCCUACAUUACUAGCUAGAACAAAAAAUUCACUCCAGCUUCGCUGGAAUGCCGCAACCGACAAUGGCGCACACAUUACCAAUUACAUUCUCGAGUACGACAAUGGAAAAUACAACGGAAUGAUUCAUCUGAUCAAUUCCCAAAAUUGUGAUUUUGUGGAAGUGUGCAAAACGAAGGGUAAGCAGUUUACCGUGAACAAGCUGCACCCUUCCACGUGUUACAUCUUCCGACUGGCUGCGGUGAACGAGUACGGCCGCAGUGGUUAUUCAGAUCUGGUGAAAUUCAACACUGCCGGUAAUCCGCCAUCCCAGCCAGCGCCACCGACGUUGCACCAUGCGACGUCAACCUCGCUCAAACUUGCCUGGCAGCGACGUUCGCCGAGUGAUGGUUUUACAUUGCAAAUGAACCAAGUGGAUCAAGGCUACGGAUUUAAGAACAUCUACGCUGGGAUGGAUAACGUGUACGAGUGUACCAAUCUAACACGAGCAACGACAUUCCAAUUCAGAGUGAAAGCCGAGAACGAGAAUGGGCAAAGUCCGUUCAGCAAAGAAGUGGUGUUCAAAACGUUACCCUCCUGUCCGGAUCGACCAUCGAAGCUUCAGGUGAAGGGAAAAAUUCACGCCACGGCAUUUAAAGUCAAGUGGGAUCCUCCAGCGGACACUGGAGGCGCUAGCAUCAAUCUGUACCACCUAGAAAUCAAUUCAGGUUCACUUUUCGAACGGAUAUAUAGUGGAAAAGACUGUGAGGCAUUGAUCGAACGAUUAAGUCCGGGAACUGCUUACCAAAUUCGUGUUUUAUGUGAAGGACCUGGUGGUAUAAGCACAUUCUCCGACCCGUGUGUAGUAACAACGGAGCCGGUAGUACCACGGGCACCUCCGAGACCAUAUUGUAAUGGUGCUCCAACACCAUAUGCUGCCUGUCUCAUGUGGGAUAAACCCGACUACAACGGUGGCGCCCCAGUUCUGGAAUACGAAAUGGAGGUGGAAACGACAAACAAACUGCGGAAUUCCUGCUAUCGUGGUAAGGAACAGUUUUGUGUGGUGAAAGACCUCAGCCCGGGUGAAAUGUACACUGUACAAGUGCGUGCAAUCAAUCGUAUCGGAGCGAGUGAUUGGUCCGAAGAAUAUUGUUUCCAUGCUGGAGCCGCACGUCCUGAUCCUCCCUCGGAGCCUAGUAUCACGGUCAGAUCGCCAACUCAUUUAAUCGUAAUCUGGGAGGAGCCGCAUUGCAACGGAGCGCCGAUAAGUGAGUACAUUCUGCAAUCCAGUACUCGCGAUGGCGACGACGCUCCAUUCCAAACUGUCUACCACGGUCAGCAGCGAAUUGCUGAACUGAAAAAUCUAGUACCAUUCACGACUUACCACUUUCGAGUUUGUGCCGUAAACAGUGCCGGUAGUUCUCGUUAUUCUUCAACAUUUUCACAGAAGACUCCAGCAGCACCACCAAACGUGCCCGUUUUGGGGCAGUACAAAAUCACGGCCAAAAGCAUACUUAUCUGUUGGGAAACGCCACUCUCCAACGGUGCCCCAGUUACGCACUACAACAUAGAAUGUGGCGAUAGAGUGAUAUCAAGUGACGCCUCAUCGACGCUCUGUAGGAGUGAUAGUGAACAGGAGUGUCUGGGAGAAAGUGAAAACUUCGACGCCGACGAUGAUGAAGAGUAUGACGAAGAUGAAGAUAUUCUGGAAGAAGAAACACCAACAGCUUCAAUCGGUGAUACGGCGGAGGUCACCGAAGCGGAUCCGUCAAAUGAACCUAGCGUAGACGAUAACCCAAAUCUCAAUCGAAAUGAGCUUUUGAUCGAUGAUCUGCAUCCGGAGACAUCGUAUAAGCUGAGGAUACAAGCUGUGAACGAAAUCGGUACCGGACCGUUUUCAACGUUCAUUAAAUUUACUACUGCCCCAUUGCCUCCGAAACCACCCAAAUUGGAAUGCAUUCAGUUUGGUUUUUCGCACUUGAAGCUACGCUGGGGUGAGGGCAAAAAUUUGGCCGAUCUGGCCCGUUACUACGUGGAACUAGAGAACAAUCGCACUGGAGAGUACCAAAAUGUGUACACGGGAACGCGAAGCAUGUGCAAGGUGAUGAAACUACACGAGCUAACGGCUUACACCUUCCGAAUAGCGGUCGAGACCAAACACGCCGGAAUGGGUGACUAUUCGGAAGAUUUCGUGUUUGUAACGACCGCGGCAACGCCAAACACCAUCAAAGCACCACGUGUGUACAUAGAACCUCUGGGGGGAGGAGGCAGUGGUAACAAUUCGCCUCAGCAUCCGCCAGCCUCUGUGAACGGAAGCGUGAAUAAUCUGCAUGUCGUCCAGGGAAGUACCCACCUAACCACCGGUGGUUCCCUUCCCUGUUCCGGUCUGCUGACAAUCGAAUGGCAAACGAGCAGAAACAAUCCCUUCGCCGAUCCGAUCGAGUAUGCGCUGCAUAUGGCAAAGGCGAAAGAUCACGAGUUUCAUGAGAUCUAUCGGGGCUCCGAUACGCGACACACCAUCCACAACCUCAGCUACGGCGUUGGUUACGUGUUCAAGGUGUGUCCGGUUCGCGUCAGAUCCAACGGGGAGGAAAUCUUCGGUCAAUUCUCACCAAUACUGCACCAUCAGUUGACACCGCAUAGAAUUUCGUCUAGCUCGCACACACACUCACGCCACCACCCCGCCGGCCACGAUGAAGUGGACGGUGGAUCGUGUUCAGCGUCGAGAACAUAUUUCGCCGGCAACAUGGUAAACAGUCGUGGUGAGCUUAUCCUUGCCAAUGCCGCUGUAGGAGGUCAACUCGGUUCUGGUCCAUUCGCGGGCCACCAUAGUCAGAAUUCGAUCAACGCACAAACACUGCUCCAACUGCCCAAAGGCAACCUUAUUCAAACCUUGUCCGAACUGUUCGAGGCAGACUCUAGUAAAGCGGUCAUUUUCGUUCUGAUAUUUAUUGUGUUAUCGAUGAUUGUUGCAGCAUGUCUCAAGUGAAGCUUUUAUUGUGUAUACCAUGAGUUUUUUUGUUCUGUACCGUUCAAUCAUCGAAUCAUCGCUAUGUUUGGAAGGCAAUCAAAUAUGUUCUUGUAUAGCGUAUCCGUAUGAACUUUUAGCUAACGUGUAUGUCUCUAUCUCUCUGCCAUUCUCUGAUAUGGGCUGUGCUAGUUUUAGAAUGGGAAUGAUUUGGCUGCACUCCAACAAUGAGAGGGAAGUCAAAGAAAGGGGUAAACAUUUGUUUGCUACAUAUUUUCGUCAUUGUUACACAAGUGCUAUUCGAUUGAUAUCACUUUCGCGUCGUGAUAUCGGGUUUGGUAUGUUCGAAUCAGCAAAUGCGAGAGAUCAGAAACAAACGGAAGAAGCUAUCACUGCAAUUAUUAUCACUGAAGAAAGUAUAAGAUAUAUUCCCUCAUCAUAAACACAAACAAACAAAACAAUUUGGAGCGCUUUUCAGAAAACAACACUGUCGGAACAGUGCCAGGGAACUGUAAAAGGAGCAGAAGGGAUAAUCGAGAUGGAUCGUAUAUGUUAAAUUUGCUAUAUUGUUUAUGUUGCGCUCAUUCUUAUUAUGAAAACGAAACAAAUGAGAAAAAUAAAAUAUGUGCAGGUUCACUUAAAAAAAAGAGGAUAUUUAUAACGAAUCAAUGGAAAGCAAGAGUGUCCUUAUUAUACGCUUAAAGGAAACGGUGAGGUAUGAAAGUCAGUUGAAAAUUUGUUAUCUCUAAUCACUGACGGAGAGGAUUUGCUGCGUUUUUGUUUUAACGCAAUUUUUCGUUUAUUCAAAUUGUUUGCUGAAACGUGAUGUGUGUGAGUAUAGUGGGAAAAAGCUAGCGGAAAAACAAAAUCCGAUGAUAUGCUAGCGAUAACCAGUUACAAGAAAUAGCCAAUAAACAAGGAAAUCUAUAGUAUUAUUAAUUAUAGACAAAAAAAAAGAAAAAAAUUAUCGCUAGAGACAAAAAGCGAAUGCAACAGAAGUAAACGAAUAUCUAGGCCUCUAACUGAAAAAAAAGAUAAGUGUUAAGAAUUACUACCUAAAUAUUCGAUACACACAUAGCCACACACAACUUCUCUCUUAUUAAUGCAAGAAUAGAAAUUUUUAAUAUAAACCCACGGAAAACUGAAUGCAUUCCAUGGAAGCUCUAUUUCAUUUUAACUUUUUUAUUAUUUAAAUUAUUACAGGCAAUAUACUUAGAACGAUGAAUCAAAACUAUAAAUACUAUCAAUUGAAAUAGAACGAGAAGCGCCAGCUGGAAUCAUUUUUAAGAUUAUUAUUAUCGUAACACACCUUUAUAUGCGCAAAACAGUAAAAUAGACAAAAUCACGCUAACAAGAAUGGGCAGAUCUGAACUACGAUACGUUUGUUGGUUAUUUCCUAAACAUGCGCUCACACCGAAGGAUGAAAAAAAGGAAAUAUGCACUACGCAUACUGCAUUAAAAUAUAUAUUCCAUGGUCUUCCAAAACUUCUCACAGUAGCCAAUAGUCACUGGUUUUCAUGGUUUCUGGUUUCAUGGUUUUCUGUUAGGAAACUGAAUAUGGAGAGGGCGUGUUCUAGAUUCAAUUAACAAAUUGAGGAUUGAUUACGUCCGUAAACAUCUUUAAUCGAAACGGGUGUUAAACCUUCCAUCAUACGUUCUGGCAUACACAUUUCUCUUUUAUUCGAGUAGUUGCAUUGAUGACAAAGAUAUAGAUUGUGGUGUGUGAAUUAUCCAAACCAUUGUUUCCAACUCAGCAAGACUCAUUUGGUAUAUGUUCUAUUCUUUCCAAUUACCAGAGCUUAUUCCACGUGCAAUUUAUUAUUUUUUUCUUUGUUUAAAAUUAGAAACUAUUCCCAAGUGCAACAGUCUGAGCACCAUUUGUCCUAGGUUCCUAAUUUUAGAUGGAAUUAAAACUAUGAUAUGUUUACACGAACAGCAAAUUAGUCAUUUACACGAGGCAAACUCUUUUUACGUCUAUUUCUGAAGACCAACGCAAGACACACGAG